AUGGGUAUACAACAAAUGCUUUUGUUGUCACUGUUCUGCUUUGUUUCGGGAAAUGAAGAGGAGUCCGCUCGACUCGAUUCUUUCCUUGAAUCGCCUAUUGGUUUGCAGGUGAAUCGAAAAACGGAUUCCUCGACGGUCACCUCGAUCUACACGGAUAAAGAGGGUGCCGGACAGGCAUUAGUUGAUAACAAAGGACGAAUUCGAAUCCGAGUCGGGCACAUUGGAGCGCUGAACGCUUUGCGAAAUGAUGAGGUGAUCUUGGCAGCCUCUCGAAAAUCUUUGCACAGCGAAGGGAUUCUUGACGAUGAUUUUGACAUCGAACUGGUCUCGCAAAACGGUUGCGGCGAAUCGUACGAGGGAGUCGCUGUGGCGGCAGACAUGUACCAUUUGCAAAAAGUGAAAGCCUUCAUUGGACCCUAUUGCUCAGCUGAAAUCGAUGCCGUCGCUCGAAUGGCCUCUUUUUGGAAUAUCCCAAUCAUUGGCUACAUGGCAGCUUCGGCGACACUCACCGAUAAAAAUCAAUAUCGAACAAUGGCGAGGAUUUCGAUGAGAUCAACAACCUCGAUUGCUGAAGCGACUUGUGCUCUCCUCAGACACUACAAAUGGAAUCGAGUGGCUCUUGUAAGCAAUGUGGGAGCUGUUGCUUAUGAGAGAACGACGGCUUUCGAGGAAGUUUUUCGAUUAAGAGGAGUUCAAGUCAUCAAAAAAGUGAUGUUCGAUGAGUACGCGAAAGCGAAAGACAUGUACAGCAGUGGAUUGAUGCAAGAUCUCAAGAAUAGUGCAAGAAUUAUCAUUAUGGUUUUCUCAAACACCCGCGAACAAUCGAAAGAAUUCAUGACAGCAGCUACGUCGAUGGGAAUGUCGAUGAACGAGUACGCGUACAUUCUCCCGUGGUUACAGGAUGGCUCUAAAGACUCAUCACCGUGGACGGGAGCCGAUGGAGAGAUGCUGCAAAAUGUGAAAGAUCAAUACGCAAAUGCUAUCAUUAUCGAUGACGUGAACGGCUUCGACAACUCGAUCGUUCAACCUUUUCUCGAGAAGAUUAAAGAUGUCGGCUUGAAACAACAAGACGUUGACUUGGGAAAUGUUUACGGGUAUUUGUAUCUCUUUGACGCGUUGAAGUUGUACGCGAUGACGGCACGAGCUGUGAUGAACGAGACUGGAAAUCCGGAUUCACUUUUGGAUGGUCGUUUGAUGUGGAACAAGAUGAGGAGGAUCAGUUUUCUUGGAAUGGUUGGCACAUCGGGAAUCGCGUCAGGCAAAGUGACAAUGGAUGAUCGAGCCGAGAGAGCGCCGCUCUAUCGAGGGUUUUUCAUUUCGCCGAAUCAAGAUCAAGUAAUGCCGAUGGUUCACAUGGAGCCGUUGUUUCUCUCGAAUUGCGACUAUCUUGUGAAUGGGACGGGGUGCUUUGAAGUGGUGGUCACCGAUAUGAUGCGAAAUUUCUGGCCAACAGCUGAUAAUCUGAUGCCGUUAGACGAGCCGCGUUGUGGAUAUCGCGGAGAGCGAUGCGAUUACACACUCAUCAUUAUUGGUUCGGCAAUUGUUUUUCUGAUGAUCGUCUCGAUUGUCACUGCGUAUCUUCUACAUGACUUUUGUGAACGCCGAUCACUGAAUCUUUUACCGUUUCGAAUUUUCCGUGACGAUCUUCAGCUGAUCGACGAGGAACAAGUCAAGAGUAUGCUUUCUUUGGGCAGUACGAAGACAAAGCUGAGCAAUAUGCAAUACAGCUCGCAAAAGAAUCACGCGAUAUUGGGCCUAAAUACGCAUUGUGUCUUUCAUAGAUACGUUCAACGCCGCCCUAUUCUCUUCAGUCGAGUCGACAAAUCCCUGCUCCUUUGGAUGAAACAAGCCGUCCACGACAAUAUAAACACUUUUAUGGGAAUCUGUUUCAACGAAAGAGAAGAGGUGCUUUUGGUCUGGAAAUUUUGCUCGAGAGGUUCUCUUCAAGACAUCAUUUACAACGAGUCAAUCACUUUGGAUGCAAAAUUUCAUGGAGCUUUUGUUCGCGAUAUCGUUGGGGGUCUUGAAUACUUGCAUGCGAGCCCGAUUGGUUAUCAUGGAUCGCUCACCCCGUGGUCGUGUCUGAUUGAUAGAAAUUGGAUGGUUAAAUUGACAGAUUAUGGGAUCGCUGAGCCGUUGGAACGCUGGGAAAAGGCCCAAUCGAUCUCGAAAGAUGACUUGAAAAACGAUGAAGAUCGGAGCCAAGCGACGCAAAAGACUUCCGCUCUCUACGACGCGCCGGAGAUGUUGAAGAUGCGCGAGAAGAAUAAGCAGCGACGAAUGGAUCAGGAUUGGAAUCGACAGACACAGGCUCGUCGUCAAUUCGGUGACAUUUAUGCUUUCGGGAUGAUCUUCUACGAGAUCAUGUUUCGAGCAUUACCUUUCCCUGAAAACACUGAUAUCAAUGCAUUGGUCGAUCAAAUUAGAGCCGGCGAGCGUGUAGUGAAACCGGGAAUCCAAAACGAAAAGAUUUUGCACUACGAUCUCGCGAAUUUGAUCACUGAUUGCUGGAAUGGCACUCCCGAAAUGCGACCUUCAGUGCGACGGAUCAAGCUCAACGUUGAGACUUAUUUAAAAGUAAAAGGAUCCCUUGUCGAUCAAAUGAUGCGAAUGAUGGAACAGUACGCGAACAACCUCGAGAAACUGGUGCAAGAGCGAACUGGGAUGUUGGAAGAGGCGAAUGCGAGAGCUGAUCGAUUAUUAUCACAGCUAUUGCCAGCUUACGUGGCGAACGAAUUGAAACUCGGGCGCUCUGUGCCGCCGAAGACUUUCUCUGGAGCGACUGUCAUGUUCAGUGACAUUGUCGGUUUCACGGAUAUGUGCUCGAACGCGACCCCAUUGGAGGUGGUGACCGUGCUGAACUCGGUGUUCAACGGCUUUGACGAGUUUAUCGCAAGACAUGAAGCGUAUAAAGUAGAAACGAUUGGUGACGCUUAUAUGGUCGUUUCUGGAGUCCCUGAAGAAAACGGAUUCCGCCAUAUUCGAGAAAUCGCCACGAUUGCUUUAGAUAUACACAAAUUCCUCUCCGAGUAUUGCCCUCCACAUCACGAGGAUAUGCGAGUGCGGUGUCGACUCGGAUUUGCGACCGGACCUGUCGCUGCUGCAGUUGUUGGCCUCAAUGCUCCAAGAUAUUGUCUAUUUGGAGAUACUGUUAAUAUGGCAUCAAGAAUGGAGAGCACGGGAGAACCGGAGAAGACACAGAUCUCAGAGGCUGCCAAGCAAUUGUUGAACAAUCAUUACCCAGAAUUUGAGUGUGUUGAAAGGGGACAAGUGCAUAUCAAGGGUAAAGGAAUGUGCACAACGUAUUGGUUGGAGGGUAGCCGAGACACAACUCAUUUCCUCUACCGUGCGCCGACUGAGCGAGUCUCCGAUAAACCGGCAUCACAAUUUGGCGCUUUUCUCGGAAUAUCGAAACAA